AUGAAGCAUUCGUCGGACCAUCAGAACAUCGACAACGUUGUAAGGGAGCAUCACCAGUGCUACGAUGGAGCAUCGUCGGGCCAUCGAAACAUCGCCGACGCUGCAAUCGCCGAGCCGUCGGAGCAUCACCGGCACUGCGAUGGAGCAUCGUCGGGCCGCGAGAACAUCAUCGAUGCCGCGAUGAAGCAUUCGUCGGACCAUCGGAACGUCGACGAUGCUGCAAGGGAGCAAGUCCGCUGGCUGUUUUAUUAUGAGGUGACCGGCGACGUGGCCCUGAGGACUGCAGCUGCCCAGCCGUCCGCCUUUUCCCUUUCCCCUUUACAUCCCCUCCUCCACUGCAGCUGCCCUGCUGCCCCCUCCUCGGCGAGGCGCCUCACGAGCGCCGCGAGGUCAGCACGGGAGGCGCGCCCGCACGAGCUCCGCGAGGGAGGUGGCCAGUACGGCGAGGCGCCGUGCCCGCAUGAGCGCCGUGAGGUCAAAGUGCAGCGGCGGCCAAUACGGGGAGGCGCAGCGACCGCUCGGGCUCCGCGAGGUCCAGGGGCGGAAGCAGCCAAUACGGCGAGCGGUGCCUGUCCGGCGACCAUACGGCCUCCGCGGCGUGCUCGACCUUGCUCCUACGCCUCCUACCCGGGCUGGACAUCCCCCCGUGCGUUGUCCCCACCCGCAUCACCAAGCUCCCCAACGGCGUCCGCGAUCCCCGUCGCCUCCGAGGACUUCCAGAUUAACACCGAGGCUCCCUGCCGUUCACAGCGUCUUGCCAAGUACAAUACUACAACCAGGCAAGUAGCUCUUCUCGUAUGUGGUGCUGAAGCAAUGCCGGCUCCUUUUUUCGCCAAAACCUUCUUGCAAAUGAUUUAAUAAAUUAUUUAAUCCCAUGGUUCAUUAUUCCGUUUAGUGUAUGCUUACUUUUGGCACUACUAGUUCUGAUGUUGCUGGUGUCCUAGAUUUUUUGGUUGCAGUGAUGAGUUAUGUGCUCCAGCAAAUCGUUGCCGUAAUUCUGAAUUGUAGUAGUUCCUUCU